AUGGCUCGGUCAACUUUCAGUGCUGUCGAUGAGUAUGGAUUUGAAAGACACGAAGAUUUUGACUAUGCUAGCUAUGAGGAUUUUAUGUCUGUGUAUCUCAAGGUCCUCGCAUCGAGAGCACAAAAGUGGGCUGCUAUGCUUGGUGAGGGAAAAUCGGUUAAACGUACGAACACAAUUAAACGAUAUGUACGGAAAGGGAUACCAGGUGAACAUCGUCCAUCUGUAUGGCUGGCAAUCUCGGAAGCAGAUAAAAUGAGAGAGCAAGCACCUGACUUAUAUCACAAGAUUUUGGAUACUCCUUUUGAAAAAGAACUAGUAGAGAUCAUUAAGACAGACCUACCAAGAACUUUUCCAGAUAAUAUAUACUUCACAAAGGAAGCUAACCAUCAGACUCAUUUGUUUAAUGUACUGAUUGCUUAUGCUCAUAAUAACAGAGUUGUUGGUUAUUGUCAAGGACUAAAUUAUAUAGCUGGCCUACUAUUGUUGGCAACGAAAAGUGAAGAAACCUCAUUUUGGCUGUUAAAAGUAUUAGUGGAAAAAAUUCUUCCCGAUUACUACACAAAAACUAUGGAUGGUCUCAUAGUAGACAUUGAAGUACUAUCUGAACUUGUGAAAUCCAAGGCACCAGACGUACACCAACAUGUGAUAAACCUAGGUUUACCAUGGGCAGUGAUAACCACAAAAUGGUUUGUUUGUCUGUUUGCUGAAGUGUUACCCAUAGAGACAGUUUUGAGAAUAUGGGAUUGUCUAUUCUACGAAGGUUCUAAGAUAUUAUUUAGAGUGUGCAUUACAUUGAUAAAGACAAACCGAGAGGCCAUCAUGGCAUGCAAUGACUUUACAUCUCUAGCGGAGUGUUUUAAGGCAAUAGUUAAAAAUGCUAGUGCAUUGCAUUGUCACGAGUUCAUGCAGUCGAUUUUUAAAGUACCUGGGACACUAUCAAACGCAACCAUAAUAAAAUUGCGAGCUCGUUUCGCGAGGCAACGCCGCGAACAGCAACAGAAGGACAAGCCGCGGUGA